AGGCCUCUCUCUCUCUCUCUCUCUCUCUCUCUCUCUCUCACAAAAUCCUUAAAACCUAAAACCCAUGACCAGCAAAUUCCACACCUUCCCAACACUCUCCUUCCCUUCUCUCUUUUCCAAUUAUGCCCCCAACAAAACCCAAAUUUCCCUGAAUUUCAUUCACCCAUUAUCUUCAAAUUCUUCAUUUCCAAGAACCCAUCUCUCAUGGAAGAUAACCCUCAUUCCAUCUUACAAGAGGAAGCAGAGAGGGCUUGGAAUUAUUUCCAUGGCCGCCGCCGACGACGCUGAAAAGGGUCAAAUCGCCAAAUGGGUGUCGAUGAUUUCCCCCCGGGGGAUCGUCGCAGAGAGGAUUCUGAGACUGAUUGCAGGUGCGACGUCGAGUCCCAUAUGCCAGUUCGUGUCGUCGCCGGUCACGUUUCUUCAUUUGGUGGACCCCAGAAUCAAAUUGGUAUGGCUUUUGGCCCUUGUUGUCUUACCAGCAAGGUCACAUAUAGUUAUGCGCCUUGGAUUAGUCAUUUACCUGGCUCUACUGUCAAUAUGGGUUCUUCCCACGCAUGUUUGGAAGGAUCAAUUGGUCAGAGUGGGUUUGCUUUCAGGGAUUUUGUUUAUUAUGCUCGGAUUGGGUUCUGAUGGUGUACCUCCACUUGUCCAGUUAAGAACUCCACCUCCAUCUAUGAUAGGAUUGCCCAAUAUUCCUACAUCAUUGGAAGGCUAUUCGUAUUUAAUCAUGAAACUAGGGCCAUUGCAGUUUACGAGGAAAGGCUUGUCGUUGGCAAGUACAUCGGCAUGUUUAUCCUUCACCGUCUUCCAAAGUGCAAGUCUUUGCCUGACAACGACAACUCCGGAGCAGCUUGCCUCCGCUUUACGGUGGUUUAUGCUCCCUUUAACACUCAUUGGUGUUCCUGUAUCAGAAAUAAUACUGACUCUGCUACUUUCUUUGAGGUUCAUCAAUCUAGUAUUUGAUGAGGUACGGAAUGCUGCAUUGGGGAUUGUGGCUCGUCGGAUACAUUGGCGACAAUUGACAGUAAUGGAAACACUUGAUGUUUUUGUUAUGUAUGUUCGUCGGAUCUUCAAAAAUAUUUUCAGCCACGCUGAGCAAAUUUCACAGGCAAUGAUCGUUAGAGGUUUCCGAGGGGACAGCAACACGCACAAAAUAUACUUUUUUUCAGAUUCUUCCAUUGGGGCGGCAGAUAUUGUUUCCUUGUUCUGCCUUCUUGGUUUAAUAGGUGCUGCCAUCUGGUCUGAACUGUUCCUCAUCUGAUACAAGCAUGACCUAUGAUGACUUCUUUUUCCGAAGGUUGUUGACGGAAUUGGCGAAAUCAAUACCGGCUUUGGCAAUUACUGGGGAUCAUGAGGUUGAAAUAAGAGGAUCUCGUAUUUAUCAAGCAGUCCAUCAAUCGGCCUCUAGGGAGAAUGAAGCAUGGGGUUGCCAUCUACUAACAUUGGUUCAGUUUAUUCAAUCUCAGAUAUGUUCUUUCUUUCAUUUGUUGCAAAAGCAUUGAAAAGAAAAAAACAAAAAGGGGCUAACAAGGAAUCAUAUGCAAGUGAAGAGGGUUACACCCCCUGGUAGAGGUAUUGAUCUGAUCGCUCAUUUCAUUGAAACCACAAUCUGAGCUGUGGCUAAAAUCCUAUUCAUUUAUGCUUGGAUUUUCUGUUUGUACAAGUGGGCCCAUGGUUCCUUCAUCUAAAUUUGAUAUUGUGGGCCACAAUGUGGAUGCAUGCACUAAAAUUGCCCAUGUCAGAGAGAAUUGUAGCCAUCAAUUUAUUUGGUUUUCCACGGUUUAAUGUGGACUGUCGUUGGAUUUUCUUCCUUUUGACUAAGUACUUUCUGGCCACCAAUUUAAGAGCUGGAAUUUUCCCAUAUGAGAAAUUUCUGAUGCAUGGCCAAUCCAAAAGUGGACCGCAGAGAGCAAUAGUUUGGAUGACUGAAAAGUGAGCCCCACUUGUACAAAUUGAAAACCCAAAUAACUAGGCCAACACUCUCAGCUGAUGCGUUGAGUAUUACUGGUGUAUAUCUCACAAUUGGUUGCUUGGAUUUUGCAAGGACUGUGGCUACUUACGAAUGUGGUCGAUCUUACUCUGUGGUGCGAUCAAAUCUAUCAAGAUGCUAUUUUGUCAAUUAGCAGCAGCAAAAUGUUCAAUUUCACAACAUUCUCAGAAUCUUUACAGAUUAACAGUUGUAUUGUUGUAGUAAUAAAUGUUUAAAGAUCACCUCAUUUCCUGGUUAUUAA